UCGGAGCCUUGGCGCGGGCGGGACCUGAGGACCACUCUGAUUUGGAGUUUCCCCCGAGUUCGUCGCUUGCUCCAUCCCGACUCACGCCGGGCGCGCGGACAGACCGGCGGCCGGGGAGCGUUGCCAUUCAAGGGGCUGCAGCGGCUUUGGCGGCACCUGGGCUCCGGAGUGCGCCGCGGGCUGGAGGCAUUGCUGGCAGUCCAUGCUCGCAGACGAGGUGUGCAGAUGGGAGUGACGUCCACAUGGAGAUAUGGAAGAGGACGGGGGAUUGGCACGGCCGCAGCCGUGCUCAGCUGGGCCCGCUUGGGCUGCCUGGUCGCGGUCACCAUGGCAACCUUGUCCCUGGCCCGGCCCUCCUUCAAUUUGGUGGAGGAUACCACAUUAGAGCCGGAAGAGCCGCCAACCAAAUACCAAAUCUCCCAACCUGAAGUUUACGUGGCUGCACCCGGGGAGUCGCUAGAGUUGUGCUGUCCAUUGAGAGAUGCCGCCACGAUCAUUUGGACUAAGGAUGGGGUACACUUGGGGCCCAACAAUAGGACAGUGCUUAUUGGGGAAUACUUGCAGAUAAAAGGUGCCACGCCUAGAGACUCCGGCCUCUAUGCUUGCACGGCGGCUAGGCCGGUAGACAGCGAGGCUGUCUACUUCAUGGUGAAUGUCACAGAUGCCAUCUCAUCCGGAGAUGACGAGGACGACACAGAUGGUUCCGAGGAUUUUGUCAGUGAGAACAGUAACAACAAGAGAGCACCGUACUGGACCAACACAGAAAAGAUGGAAAAGCGACUUCAUGCCGUCCCUGCGGCCAAUACUGUCAAGUUUCGCUGUCCGGCUGGGGGAAAUCCAGCACCAACUAUGCGGUGGCUGAAGAAUGGAAAGGACUUUAAGCAGGAACAUCGCAUUGGAGGCUAUAAGGUGCGAAACCAGCAUUGGAGCCUUAUUAUGGAGAGCGUGGUCCCGUCCGACAAAGGAAAUUACACCUGUGUGGUAGAGAACGAGUACGGCUCCAUCAAUCACACAUACCACCUCGAUGUUGUUGAGCGAUCGCCACACCGGCCCAUCCUCCAAGCUGGACUGCCAGCGAACGCCUCCACUGUGGUCGGAGGUGACGUGGAGUUUGUCUGCAAAGUUUACAGCGAUGCCCAGCCCCACAUUCAGUGGAUCAAACAUGUAGAAAAGAACGGCAGCAAAUACGGGCCCGACGGGCUGCCUUACCUCAAGGUGCUGAAGGCCGCCGGUGUUAAUACCACGGACAAAGAGAUUGAGGUUCUCUAUAUUCGGAAUGUAACUUUUGAGGAUGCUGGGGAAUAUACGUGCUUGGCGGGUAAUUCUAUUGGGAUAUCCUUUCACUCUGCAUGGUUGACCGUUCUGCCAGCUCCUGUAAGAGAAAAGGAGAUUACGGCUUCCCCAGACUACCUGGAGAUAGCCAUUUACUGCAUAGGGGUCUUCCUAAUUGCCUGUAUGGUGGUGACGGUCAUCCUGUGCCGAAUGAAGACCACGACCAAGAAGCCAGACUUCAGCAGCCAGCCAGCUGUGCACAAGCUAACCAAGCGCAUCCCCUUGCGGAGACAGGUAACAGUUUCCGCCGAGUCCAGUUCUUCCAUGAACUCCAACACCCCGCUGGUAAGGAUAACCACGCGCCUCUCCUCAACGGCAGACACCCCCAUGUUGGCAGGGGUCUCCGAGUAUGAAUUGCCAGAAGAUCCAAAGUGGGAGUUCCCGAGAGAUAAGCUGACGCUGGGCAAACCUCUGGGGGAAGGUUGCUUUGGGCAAGUGGUCAUGGCUGAGGCGGUGGGAAUUGACAAAGAGAAGCCCAAGGAAGCAGUCACUGUGGCCGUGAAGAUGUUGAAAGAUGAUGCCACAGAGAAGGAUCUUUCUGAUCUAGUGUCAGAGAUGGAGAUGAUGAAGAUGAUUGGAAAACACAAAAAUAUCAUAAAUCUCCUUGGAGCCUGUACUCAGGAUGGGCCUCUCUACGUCAUCGUCGAGUAUGCUUCCAAAGGCAACCUCCGCGAGUACCUCCGAGCCCGCAGGCCGCCCGGGAUGGAGUACUCCUAUGACAUUAACCGAGUUCCCGAGGAGCAGAUGACCUUCAAGGACUUGGUGUCCUGCACCUACCAACUGGCGAGAGGCAUGGAGUACUUGGCUUCCCAGAAAUGUAUUCAUCGGGAUUUAGCUGCCAGAAAUGUUUUGGUAACAGAAAACAAUGUCAUGAAAAUAGCAGACUUUGGACUGGCCAGGGAUAUCAACAAUAUAGACUAUUACAAAAAGACCACAAACGGGCGACUUCCAGUCAAGUGGAUGGCCCCAGAAGCCCUUUUUGACCGAGUGUACACCCACCAGAGUGACGUGUGGUCCUUCGGGGUGUUAAUGUGGGAGAUCUUCACGUUAGGGGGCUCACCCUACCCAGGGAUUCCAGUGGAGGAACUUUUUAAGCUGCUUAAGGAAGGACACAGGAUGGAUAAGCCAGCAAACUGCACCAAUGAACUGUACAUGAUGAUGAGGGACUGUUGGCACGCGGUGCCCUCCCAGAGGCCGACGUUCAAACAGUUGGUAGAAGACUUGGAUCGGAUUCUCACUCUCACAACCAAUGAGGAAUACUUGGACCUCAGUCAACCUCUCGAACCGUAUUCACCUUGUUAUCCUGACCCGAGAUGAAAUAAAACGUCUCUCUUCCCUUCUUUCAGGAAUACUUGGACCUCAGUCAGCCUCUCGAACAGUAUUCACCUAGUUAUCCUGACACAAGGAGUUCUUGUUCUUCAGGAGACGAUUCUGUUUUCUCUCCGGACCCCAUGCCUUACGAACCCUGCCUUCCUCAGUAUCCACAUGUAAACGGCAGUGUUAAAACAUGAAUGAGCUUGUCCUUCUGUCCCCACACAGGACAGCACCAGGAACCUAGCCACACGAGCAGGGAGGCCAUGCCUCCAGGAGCUUGUUGGCUCCGCUUGUAUAUAUGGAUCAGAGGAGUAAAUAAUUGGAAAAGUAAUCGGCACACGUGUAAAGAAUUUAUACAGUUGGAAACUUGUAAUCUUCACCUGGAGAAGAAGAAUGUUUCUGGGGCCAUGGACUGCCAUGGGCCACCACGCGCCCAUGACCCACUGUGGGUACUGGCUGUGGACCAGCUGGACUUGAGGCAAACUUAGGUUCUGCCUUCCUUGUGAAUUUUGUAAUAAUUGGAGAAAAUAUAUGUCAGCACACACAGAGCACAAUUGCAGUAUAUAGGUGCUGAAUGUAUGUAAAUAUAUUCAAAUUAUGUAUAAAUAUAUAUUAUAUAUUUACAAGGAAUUAUUUUUUGUAUUGAUUUUAAAUGGAUGUCCCAGUGCACCUAGAAAAUUGGUCUCUCUUUUUGUAAUAGCUAUUUGCUAAAUGCUGUUCUUACACAGAAUUUCUUAAUUUUCACCGAGCAGAGGUGGAAGAAUACUUUUGCUUUCAGGGAAAAUGGUAUAACAUUAAUUUAUUAAUGAAUUGGUAAUAUACAAAACAAUUAAUCAUUUAUAGUUUUGUGUUUUUUUUGUUUUUGUUUUGUAAUUUAAGUGGCAUUUCUUUGCAGGCAGCGCAUCGGACUAGUCAAUCUAUUGCUUGGACUUUACUAGUUAUCAGAUUCUUUGAAAAGAGAAAUAUUUACAGAACAUGACUAAUUUGGGGAAAAUGAAGUUUUGAUUUAUUUGUUUAAGCUCUGCUGUCAGAUGGUUGUUCUUACACCACAAAAAUGCCAGUAGGAAACAAACCCAUUAAUAAGAGAGUAUUUUGUUUCGCUGUGCAGUUCUGUCAUUGGGCCCGUGGAACAUUUAACUGGACUUCCCAAGACAAAUGGAACCACCGUUCUCUUAAAAAGAUGCCUUAAUCCAUUCCUUGAGGAUGGACCUUAGUUGAGAUGAUAGCCGACUGUCCUCCUCCCCAGCAACUGGCCUUCUGCCUUGAGUUGCACGUUAAUCAGAUUAGCCUGUAUUCUCUUCAAUGGAUUUUGAUAAUGGCUUCCAGAUUCAUUGGCGUUAGAGAAGGCUUUUAGAAUUGAAACACUGAAUUGUUCUGCUGAUAGUCUUUGGAGACACUUCCAUCUUUUUAAGGGAUUGCUUCUGUCUAAUUCUGGCAGGACCUCACCAAAAGAUUGGGCCUCAUACCAGCGUCAUCACAAUGUUGCCAUGUUUCGCGUUCUAUAUGAAAGUACUGUGUCUUGCUUUGGAAACACCUACUCACUUUGUUAUAGCCAUGCAACAUGAAUGCAGAUUACACUGAUUCUACUUGUUACAAAUUGGAGAAAGUAUUUAAUAAAUCCUGUUAAUUUUUAUACUGACAAUAAAAAAUGUUUCUACAGAUAUUAAUGUUAACAAGA